AUGGAGAGGACGUGGACUCCGUCGGCCACGGCGCGGUCGACCGCGGAGAGGAUAUCUGAGCUGAAGCACCCGCCGGCCCAGCAGACCUUCCAUCCCGCGGGCCGUGCCGCCAGCGUACCCGAGGAGGCUGGCUCCGCGGACGGGCGAACCCGCGACCGUGGCUGCCGUGUGGGUCCCGUGCCCGUCUUGGUCACGGGCAGACUUGAACUCUGCCUCCUCGUCGAUUUUGCCGGAGGCCGCCUCGUAGCCGCGAAUGAACGGGCGCCGACGAUCUUGCGGUUGCAGUGGCGGCGGUCGAAUGAGCGGCCAGUCUCGCAGGCGCCCCGCCAGCGAGGCGGGAUGGGGCCCAUGCCGGUGUCGUUGAAGCUCGGACUCUCGGGCCAUAUCCCGGUGUCGAGGACCCCAACGACCACGUCGUGGGCUGGGGGGCCGGCGGCGGCGGGGGGCUCGGGCUCGAGGCCGAGGAACAGAGGGCUUCGGGUGAUGGUAAACGGUCUCGGGGAAGGUGGCAAGCACGGCUUCGUGGCGCUGCAGGUUUUGGGCCUCGUCGGAGGUGAGACGGGCGGCGAGGCCGUGGAAGGCUGA